GACCUCUGGAACUUGGAGCAGAAGCCGGGAGGGCUGGACCCACCUACCGGGACCCAACUGAAACACCCACUCAGGCAGGCCUUCCAGCCUGCCAUGGACCCAGCAGCCAAAGAUGAGAUGGAGCCUGCACUGACUGCUGGCUCUUCUUGUCCAGGGCCUGAGUGGCCAGAGCAGGAGCGGGCCGAACAGCUGGCUCGGGGAGCGGCUCUGAAGUGGGCCUCAGGCAUCUUCUACCGGCCGGAGCAGCUGGCCAGACUGGGCCAGUACCGCAUCCGCGAGAGGCAGCGCACCUCCUUCCUGGACUCCCGCAUUAAGUCGGUGGUGCAGUCCUACCUGGAGGGCGUGCAGACUGGUGUGGGACAGCUGGCCAGGGCCUUAGAGGCUGUGCAGGGAGCCCAUGAGGCCCUGGGCCAGGCUCAAAGGCAGCUCCAGGACCUGGCGGAGGGGGCUCAAACCCUGGAGCCCCUUCGGGAGCGGGUUGUCCAACACAAGCAGCUGCAGGCUCUGUCUCAACUCUUGCCCCGGCUUCGAGCAGUGCCUGCGGCAGUGGCCCACACACAGACCCUGAUUGAUGCUCGGCGGCUCCUGGAGGCCUAUGUGAGCCUUAGGGAACUGGAACAGCUGCGAGAGGACACACGGGCACCCCUGGGGGGCUUGGAGUUGCCAGUCUUUGAAGGGCUGCGCCCUCUUACAGAGGCCUUGGGCUUGGCUGUGGAGAGGGCCGCAGGGGCUGCAGGACAGCUGGCCCGAGAGGACCCAGCCCAGUUGGUGGCCGCUGUGCGUGUGGCCGAGGCGGGGCACACGAGCCCACUUGGGCAGCCCCCCUGGGACUGGCGGCAGCGCUUUCUGCGGGCCUUACAGGAGGGCCUGGAACGGGUCCACUUCGGGACAUCCCUGUUGCCUGGGCCAGGGGACCUUGCAGACUGGCUGGAAGCUCUGCGCGUGGCUCUGCCAGCCCAACUGGCCACAGCUGAAGCUCUAGUAGCACCCUGCUGCCCGCCGCAAUACAAGGUGGUCCGCCUGUGGGCCCACACCCUGCACGGUGGCCUGCGCCGCAGCCUGCAGCAAGUCCUCGUGUGGCCUGAGCUGGGAGCCGCAGAGGCCUUCACCCUGCUGCACUGGGCACAGCACGUGUACCUCGGGCCCGAAAUGAUGGGGAGCCUGGAGCUGGGCCCUGAAGCUGACGUGUCCCAGCUGGAGCCUCUGUUGAGCCUGGAGAACAUGGAGCAGCUGGAGACCACCUUUGUGAAGCAAGUCCAGGCCAGUGUAGCCCAGUGGCUGCAGAAGGCGCUGGAUGGGGAGGUGGCUGAGUGGGGCCUGGAGAAGCAGCCUGACACAGACCCAUCUGGGUUUUAUCACUCAUCCAUGCCAGCCAUUGUACUGCAGAUCCUGGAUGAGAACAUCCGGGUCACCAGCCUGGUCGGGGAGUCACUGCAGCGGCGUAUGCACGGCAUGGCACUGUCAGAACUGAGCACAUUUCUGAGGAGCUUCAAUGAUGCUCUGAUCCGAUUCUCCAGAGACCACCUCAGGGGUGAAGCCAUAGCCCCUCACUACGUGCCCUACCUACUGGCCACACUCAAUCACCACACAGCGCUCAGGUCAUCUCUGUCCGUCCUGCAGCUUGACGGGGUGGCUUCAGUGACCUUGCCUCGGGUGGAAGCCGCACUGGACGAGCUGCAGAGGAGGAUCUGCCGCCUGGUGCUGGAGGCGCUGGUGGCCGAGCUCCAGCCCCUGUUUGCGUCUCUUCCCUCGCGUCGGUGGCUAUCGAGCCCCGAGCUGCUGGACGAUGUGUGCCAGAAGACAGCGAGCUUCUGCAGGGACUUCUGGCGAGUGCGGAGCCCCGCGGGCCAGCUGCUGCUGGCUGAGGCGGAGCGCACCGUGGUGCUGCAGUACCUGCACGCGCUGAUGCAGGGUCGCUUAGCGUGCCGCGGAGCCGCCGAACGCACCCAGGCCGCCGAGCGCCUGCGCCAGGAUGCCACACAGCUGCAGGAGCUCUUCCAGGGUUUGGGCCUGGAGGAGGGCGCGCAGUGCGCACCAGUGCUGCUCGCCCUCCGGGAGCUACUGAGCCUCCAGGAUCCCACGCUACUUGGCCUGGAAGUGGCGGGCUUGCGGCAACAAUUUCCCGACGUGAGCGAGGACCACGUUUCUGCCCUCCUGGAUCUGCGCGGGGACGUGUCCCGAGAGCAGCGCCUGGCCGCACUCAGCUCUCUGCAAGCCGUCCCGCCACCCUCGCCCCCCGAGGGACGCCGCAUCCUCUUCAGCCUUGUCCCCGCGCCUACACCCGUGCCAUCCUCCUGCCUUCCCUCGGGGCCCUGCGCCUGACGCCCAUUGCCUGCAGAAUAAAGUCAUGGCCUGUGGUCGCCGGGAUCUACGAGUACGUGUGUUGGAGAGGGGCUGUGAAAUAAAAGUGUCCGCAAAGAUUA